CUCAUUCAACCAGGUUCUCACAGAAAGCAGGGAGCCUGCCUUCAGCUGGUCAUCUUCCUUCGGAACUACGUUCCUCCUGACCAGCAGCAGCCACCCAGCCCUCUCUCCCAACGAUCCUUGAUCUGCCGGUUUCAGUUUGUCAGGCGCUAAGAGCCUGAUCGCAGCUGCAGCAUCAUCCUACCACCCAACUCCACCACCAAUUUUAUCACAAUGGCGACCAUCGCUUCUGGAACAGCCAUCCCCACAGCAGCGCUGACUGCCAGCAGAGCAGCUUCCGCUGCUUCCGCCUCCACCAGCUUCGCCCGCUCCGUCGUCCCCGCGCCUCUCCCCGCUCCCCUCUCCGCCGCUCCCCGCGCUGGUCGCACCCACCUCCUCCGCUGCCGCGCUGCUGCUGUUGAAGACGGAGCGGUGAAGAAGGAGGAGGUGGAGGAGGCAGAAGAGCUGAGCAAUGGCGCCGCUGUGGCCGCGCCCUCCGCAUUCGAGGUGCAGUCGCUGCUGAUGGAGCUGUGCGACGAGACGCACAUCGCCGAGCUCAAGGUCAAGGUGGGGUCGUUCUCCCUGCACGUCAAGAGGGACGUGGAUGGCAGCAUUGGCAGCGCGGUUGCUGCUGCUGAAGCCUCUGCGGCGGCUGCUGCCGCCCCGGUGGUGUACGCCGCCCCUGUGCCCGCCUUCCCCAUGAUCGAGUCCCUCCCCACCGUCGCUGCUGCUGAGCCUGCAGUGGAGGUUGCUGCUGAGUCGGAGAAGCCCAAGGACGAGGGGCUCGUCUACGUCACAUCGCCCCGGGUGGGCAUCAUGCGGCGUGGCAAGCUGUACAAGGGCAAGCACGGCCGACCAAUUGUGCUCGAGGGAGCUGUGGUGAAGAAGGGGCAGGCCAUGUGCUUCUUGGAGCAGCUGGGAACCAACCUGGCGAUCGAGACGGAGCAUGCCGGCACGGUGGUGGAAUUCCUGGUGGAGGAUGGAGUCCCUGUGGGCUACGGAGACCCCUUGGCGGCCAUCCGCCCUUCCUUCCCCGGUAUCAUGAAGCUCACUUGAGCCCUUGAGCCUCAUAGGACUCAGUUUUGAGGCGCCUCAAAGCGCGCCAUAAACUCUUACCUACAUUAUGUCUAGAGAAAUGGACAUACGCAUAUAACUAUGGUUUCCAGCCCAGCUUGUAUCUGCGCGAUUGCAUGCCUGGUAGGAGCCUUGUGCUUUAGGUGGCUGGUGGUGGGCCCCUUCGAUAUCCUUUUUGCCACAAUGGCUGUAUUAUCUAGAUGCAGUUUCCGAAAUUCUGUUUUGCACACCUUCCAAUUCUCCACAUUGUU